AUACGAUUCCUUUCAUUAAACUUAAAUCUUCAAUUCUUCAAUUUAAGUUAAUAUUAUUUCUUGAACAAAAUGGCGGAGCUCAUAUCAGUUCCGUUAAAGAAACCUACUGAUGUUGAUGUCGUCCAACCUUUAAAAAAUACCAUUAACAUAAUCUAUAGUACGUCGCAAAAGGCUCAAGACUAUACUGAACAAGUGAAUGAGUUAAGUAAACUUAGGAAGAAUGCAGUUUGGAAAGCCUAUGAAAAAUACGAAAGUUCUUUGGAGGUUAUAUACAGCUAUUACGAUCAACUGAUUGCCCUAGAAAGUAAAAUACCACCAGGAGAACUCCAAAUUCCAUUCAAAUGGAAGGAUGCCUUCAGUAAAGGAUCUGGAUUGUUUGGUGGCAGGACAAGCCUCACCAUAUCCCAGCUUGGCUAUGAGCGAGUUUGUGUGUUAUUCAACAUCGCAGCCUUGCAGAGUUCCGUUGCUGCCUCUCAGAGUAUGGAUAGUGACGAAGGACUCAAACUGGCCGCCAAACUUUUCCAGCAAUCGGCAGGUAUAUUUAGCCACCUUAAGGGAAAUGUUAUGGCAGCACUGCAACAAGACCCGACUCCCGACCUUAACCCCGACACAUUGGCAGCACUGUCUUCUCUCAUGUUGGCUCAGGCUCAGGAAAUCUUUGUGCACAAGGCUAUUCACGAUAAUUUAAAGGAUGCUCUAACAGCAAAGCUAGCUAACCAAGCUGAAGAAUUGUAUGCAGAUGCACUUAAACUUCUCCAGAAAGAAAAUGUCCGUCCUCUUUGGGAUAAGGAGUGGAUACCAAUCGUGGCAGGUAAACAAGCCAUGUUUCAUGGAGUGGCAGAGUUCUUUCAAAGUUUAGUAUGUAAAUCCAACAAAGCUGUGGGAGAGGAAAUUGCCAGAUUGCAGAGUGCCAUAGAAUAUCUGAAAGCUGCUCAAACUCGAUCUGGCAAACCCGGCGUCACCGCAGAUAUUAUUGCCAAGGCUGAACGUCAUCUCAAAGAAGCUCUCAAGGAUAACGAUUUUAUCUACCAUGAAAGAAUCCCAGAUGCCAAGUCUCUGACUCCUAUUGGACGAGCGCCUUUGGCUAAAGCUCAAUCAGUGCCACCUAAACUCUCCAGCAACUUCAAAGACUUGUUUGAGCAGCUGGUCCCGAUGGCUGUCCACCAAGCUCUGACAGCUUAUGAGAAUCACAAGAGUGAACUGGUCAAUAGUGAGGUAGCCAAGCUGCGAGAUGCUACUCAACUGCUCAACAGUGUUUUGGCCUCCUUGAACCUACCUGCUGCUCUGGAGGAUACUAGUGGCCAAGAGCUUCCACCCUCCUUGGUGUCCAAGGCCUCUGCUGUACAAGAGAGAGGCGGCAUCACAGCCAUUAACAACAUGUUAAGGGAACUGCCUGACCUACUUACCCGCAACAGAGAAAUACUUGACGAGACUGAGAGAAUGCUGAAUGAUGAGAAGCAGUCCGAUGACCAGCUACGGGACCAAUUCAAAGACAAGUGGAACCGAAUACCCUCGUCUCGUCUAACAGAAACAUUCAGAACAAACAUGGAGAAGUAUAGGACAAUCCUCAACAAUGCAGCACAAGCCGACAAGACGGUGAGGGACAAGUACGAGGCGCACAAGCGAGGCAUGGAGCUGCUAAGUGAGGGGCCAGCAGUGAUGGCUGCGUCUGUGCCUCAUGCAGGAGGUGCCUCGCCUACCAAUAGCAACUCUUCAUCUGCAGGUCGUCUCCGUCUGCUAAUGGACCAGGUAGAGACUAUGAAGGCAGAGAGAGACGCUAUAGAGUGUGAGCUUAAGUCCGCCAGUGUGGAUAUGAAAGAGACGUUCCUUGCUGCAUUGCACGAUGGAAACAUCAAUGAACACGCACUCACUGUGGAGACUUUGGGUAGAGCGUACGGACCUCUGCAACAUCAGGUCAAGGACAGUCUUAACAAACAGGAGGGCAUCCUAGCUGAGAUUCAGAAAACCAACACAGAUUUUGUUGCGGAGCGCAGCGGACAAGGUCAUGCAGCUCAGAGAAGAGAGGCAGUCCUCAAAGAGCUGGCAGCUGCUCACGACGCUUACAUGGAACUGAUGAACAAUCUGCAGGAAGGCACUAAGUUCUACAACUCCUUGACAGAGAUUCUACUUGCUUUCCAAAACAAAGUUUCGGACUUCUGCUUCGCUCGCAAGACAGAGAAGGAGGAGCUGAUGAAGGACCUGACUCGUGGAUUGGGAGCUGUAGCUCAAGCAGUCGCUCCAAACCUACCACAACAUCACGGUGGAGUCUCCGGCAUUACUUCAGCCGUUUUGACCGGAGUUUUACAGACGGGAUUGAACACACUGUCGACCUACCUUGCAAGUGGUGGGGGAAAAACUGAGGGCAAAACUGAGGCUAAAGCUGGGGAACCUGGUAAAAUUGAAAACCAACCCGAUGGCAAGAAGGAACCUCCUCCACGACCUCCACCACCUACUACAUCAGCCGCUCAGUUGCCGUACCCUGUUGGUCCUCAGAACAUGCCUAUACCUUACGCCCCUGGGCCUCAGGCACCGUACCCUCAGUAUCCCAUGCCUACUAUGCCUGCUGGAUAUUACACAUUACCAUUCCCAUCAGGAUACCAGGCCCCACCACAGCAGUACCCGGGGUACCCUCCGCCACAAUACCCCCAAUAUCACCCCCAGUAUCCUCCCCCACAAGGGCAACAACCCCCACAGAACCCGCAAUGGUAGCCUGUCGCCGAGUGACCAGCCAACCCCUCUUCUAUAAGGAUUUGUUUUAUAAUGACUUUUCUACCUACUAAAUUUGUAAGUGGUCAUGCAUUUUCAUAGAUUAAAUAUGUUCAUAAAAUGUUGCAUAAAUGUGUAAAUCAAAAAACUAUUUUACUGUGUUAAUGUUUUUGUUUUGAGUAUUGGUUUUGUUACUGGUCAUGUAAUCUAAUGUCAAUAUUUGCAAUCUGUAUGUACUGAAAUGUGUCAAUAAACCGUUUUAUGAUAUUUAUUCUGCAUAUAGUGUGAAAAUAUAUUUUUUAUUAGUUUAUGCGGGAUUUCUUAACCAAUUAAAAUACUAUGCUUACCCUCGCUUUACUGUUAAACAAGUUUUAUUUAGUUGAUGGUAUAUACAUCCACACUUUAAGGCACAAGCCAUCAAAGUUAUCCUCCAAAAUAUUUUACUAUAUAUAUUUUUAUAGGCUUUAUUAUUUUUAUAAUUUAUUGUUGAUGUAUUUAAGAUGGUGUCUAAGGGUUGUAUAUUACUGUGUGGAAUCGUACAACUUUUUACGUAUUGUUUUGGUGUUCAUAGCUAACCAUUAUUCAUGAUAAUUUUUUUAUAUCCCAGUUAAGUUGACAGCCAUCAUUCUUCUAAAUUUUACUUGAUAUUAUCUUGAACUACCGGUAAAGUCUUUAUCUUCAUUUUAAACACUUUUUGAGUCUUGCCAAUUUCCUGACUUUUUUGUAAACACUUUUUUGUACAGUGAUCUGAGACUGUUUACUUAGAGAAAGAAACUUAAAUUUUACACUACCUUUUCUUAUGAAACCAUCAGUCUAGAACAACAUAAAUUUUAUAAAAGGACAUCUACAUAAAUAACUAAACCGAGUUUUCAUUCUCCUAACAUUACUAACCACUACUGAGUCCUACCACAUACAUGAAAACACAAUGUUCUGCUUUCUCUUUAUUUUUUCUUUCUUUUCUGUCAUACCUACAAAAUUAAAAGUAUUUAUGACAGGAUAAAGUAUAGUAAAACUUGUGAACUUCCCUUGUGUAUUCCCCAAUCUUCAAGAUAUAUUCAAUCAAAUAGUUAAUUAAUAAUCACCAAAAAAAAAUUUAUUUGGUUUUAAAUUUAAUAAAUAUCGAGGUGAUGGAUUAAGCAGGAAAUAUAAUUUAUCAGCGAAAUGAUUCAACCAUGGCACUUGUAAUUCAUAAUUACUUUCAUAAUAAAAGUGCUACCUUACAGUGAAAAAUUAAAUGGUCUGUUGUUAAUUUUUCAAAAGCAUUUUAAUUCAUGGGAAGGGACAGACUCAAUUUCCAGGUGUGUCCAACACGACUCCCUCUUGAACAAACUAAAAACAACAUGAAUCAUUAGAAGUUAAUAGGGAAAUGAAUAGAUGCAUUGCAAAAUCACACAUUAUGUGGACAUAAUACCAAACAAUAAAUAAUCGCAGCAAUAAUAUUCGUUUAGCACUAUACAAAGAGUUACUUGUUUGUUCAAGUCGGUAUAGACAAAGUGUGAAUCUUAUUCAAUUGGCUGUCCAAAUUUAACUAAUCCUAUCAACUCCUGGACUCCAGUCCACUGCAUUAAGUUUUACAAUAACAUUUAACCUUUUUCUAUUGAGAUUGAUAACAACUUUCAAUAUUUGGUUUCAAAUGUGAGCAAGUGUUUAUUCAGUUUUAGUGUAAUAGUUUAUUGCAUGUAUUUCCAAAAUUGCAACACAUAUGGUAAAUAUUAUCUAAUAUCAGCCAGGGACUGUUUAGGGGUGAUAAAUUAAGUAAUAUAUCAAUUUAAAAUAAUUAUAGUACUGAGUCAAUGGAUAACAAAUCAAAUACAACUAAGUUAAAUUAUCUGUGAUUGAGUUUUCUAUGGAUAUCUUACACCAUGUAUGAUAUUAGUGUUAAGGUCAUUCUUAUUUUUAUAUUGUUGGUUAUAUAAUAUCGUUUAUCUGCCGUACUCUGAGGUAAGAUGACAGUAUCUUGUCAAAGCUUGUUUAUUCAGGCUAUUUAACUGUGCCUAUAACUGUUACGAACAUUAAUUAUAGCCAUAAAUAAAUAUUGUAAAAUAUCAUGAAUAUUA